CAAACAAACGCCAAAAAGCAAAACCCUAAUAACUGAAAAAUCUUCCCUCCCUAAAAAAACAAAGACAAAAGGAAGCAAGAGCAGCCUCUCUCUCCCUAGUGGUGGGGUAUAUAUAAGUCCACCCAAACGCCUCUCGUUUUUAGCACCUGGCGAUAUUUCCUUAAAUCUCACACGCUCUUUGCAAGACGAGAGAGAGAGAGAGAUAGAGAGAGAGAGAGAGGGUCCUGUCAUCUCUUUCUCGUUCUUCUUCUUCUUAUCACAACGGACUUCUAUUAAAACCAGGUGAUUUGUGUUUGGGUUGGAUUGGAAAAAGGAGAAGGAAGAAGCGAGAUAUGAAGUACGUGUUGGUAACGGGAGGCGUCGUGAGCGGGCUUGGGAAAGGAGUGACGGCGAGUAGCAUCGGAGUUGUUCUGAAAGCAUGCGGCCUUCGCGUUACUUCUAUCAAGAUCGAUCCAUAUCUGAACACUGAUGCUGGAACUAUGUCUCCAUUUGAACACGGGGAGGUGUUUGUCUUAGACGAUGGUGGUGAGGUUGACUUGGAUCUGGGAAACUACGAACGGUUCCUAGACAUUAAGUUGACUCGCGACAACAAUAUCACCACGGGAAAGAUUUACCAGUCUGUUCUUGACAAGGAAAGAAGAGGAGAUUAUCUGGGGAAAACUGUCCAGGUUGUCCCCCACAUAACAGAUGCUAUUCAAGAAUGGAUUGAACGUGUGGCCAUGAUACCCGUGGAUGGAAAAGAAGGCCCAGCUGAUAUUUGUGUUAUAGAGUUGGGUGGAACCAUAGGGGAUAUAGAAUCAAUGCCGUUUAUUGAGGCUUUGGGUCAAUUUUCUUAUCGUGUAGGUGCUGGAAACUUCUGCCUGGUUCAUGUCAGUCUUGUACCUGUUUUGAAUGUUGUUGGUGAACAGAAAACAAAGCCCACUCAGCAUAGUGUUCGGGGACUAAGAGGACUAGGAUUGACACCAAAUAUUCUCGCCUGUCGCAGUACUAUGGCACUGGAAGAAAAUGUGAAGGAAAAACUCUCGCAGUUUUGCCAUGUCCCGUCAGCAAACAUCAUCACUCUUUACGAUGUCUCAAACAUUUGGCACAUUCCUUUGUUAUUAAGGGAUCAGAAGGCACAUGAAGCAAUUUUGAAAGUUCUAAACCUUACAGGUGUUAAUAGGUAUCCCAUGUUGGAGGAGUGGACUCGUAGGGCCAAAACCUGUGACAUGUUGCGCAAUCCUGUCAGAAUUGCCAUGGUUGGAAAAUAUACUGGCCUUUCAGAUUCUUACCUCUCUGUGUUAAAGGCACUCUUGCAUGCUUCUAUUGCUUGUUGCAGGAAACUUGUAGUGGAAUGGGUUCCGGCUGCCGACCUUGAAGAUACAACUGCAAAAGAGUCGCCUGAUGUUUAUGAGGCUGCAUGGAAUCUGUUGAAGGGUGCAGAUGGUGUUCUAGUUCCGGGGGGUUUUGGCGACAGAGGGGUGCAAGGAAAAAUUCUCGCCGCAAAAUAUGCUCGAGAAAACAGAAUACCAUUUUUUGGCAUUUGUCUAGGGCUGCAAAUUGCUGUCAUUGAGUAUGCGCGAUCUGUUCUUGGGCUGCAUGAUGCAAACAGUACAGAGUUCAAUCCAAACACAAAAAACCCUUGUGUUGUUUUUAUGCCAGAGGGUUCAAAAACUCAUAUGGGAGCCACCAUGCGUCUCGGAUCAAGGCGAACGUACUUCCAGGUUACUGACUGCAAGUCUGCUAAGUUAUAUGGCAAUGUCAAGUAUGUAGAUGAGCGGCAUCGACAUAGAUACGAGGUCAAUCCUGAUAUGGUCUCGGAACUUGAAGCUGCUGGUCUUUCAUUUGUUGGCAAGGAUGAAUCUGGUCAACGCAUGGAGAUUCUUGAACUGCCAAGUCAUCCUUACUUUGUUGGUGUCCAGUUUCAUCCUGAAUUCAAGUCGAGACCAGGAAAACCUUCCGCACUUUUCUUAGGGUUUAUAGCGGCAGCAUGCGGUCAGUUGGAGGCAGUCAUGCAAAAUCCCAGCCAUGUUAGCAAUGCAACAGCAAUAACCAGCCCGAUUAACGGAAUGGCUAAGGUCUAUCAAAAUGGAAACACAACUAAGCCUGCCAAUGGGUCGCUGAACGGCAAUGGCUUCUUACACUCCAAUGGUAAUGGUGUGCACAUGUGAUAGAGGCAAGCAGGCCUGCCCUUUUAGUGGUCUGUUUUCCUUUUCUGGUUAUAUAGGUUGAUUUUGUGAGGGGCUUAUAGAUGGCCCUCCGGAUUGAUCUGUGAUGCCAUUUUGGGAAGAAAGAGGGUUUAGAUGGAGGGGUUGUUACAAAUGCGCAGGGCCUCAGUCCGGGCUUUUUAACAUGGGACGGCACUGUUGUAUUUUCAGGUGAUUAAUCGGGAUUUUGGGUAAUCUAAGUUUUUCUUUUUUGCCCCCUUUUUGAUAGGGCUUUAAUAUCCCUUAGUCAUGAGAAGAGGACCCAGUGGCUUUAGCUUUCCCCUGUACAUUGGCAAAAAAACAACUUAAAUGAGAGUGUGAGUGAAUGAGAGUAGUGAAGAAGAAAAUUAGAGCAUGACUGAGUUUUUCAUGGAA